GGGCCCCCCAGCCCCCCCCGCCCAGCCAUUCGAGUCAAGAGGGUGUCGACCUUCGCUGGCCGCAGCCCCUCAGCACCCCCCCCAAACAAGGCCCCCCGGCUGGAUGGGGAGGGGGAAUCUCCCGAGAGUACCCUGCAAUCAGUGGGGGCCUUGGGCAGUGGAUUGAGCAGAGUACGCAUGAAAACGCCCACCGUGCGGGGAGUCCUUGAUCUGGAUGCCCCUGGGGAGCCCAGUGGGGGAGAAAGUCCCACGACCCUUCCUGAUCGGUCCCCCCUGCUACCACUGCCAGACUGUGGCCUCGCCAGGGUCUCCGAUGGCCCCCCAGACCUGCUGCUUGAGCCCCAGUGGCACCACUACUCAGGUGAGGCAUCGAGUUCAGAGGAUGACCCUCCAUCCCCUGAAGACAAAGAGAAUCAGGGGCCCCGGCGGGCAGGGCCCCACCUGCGCUUCGAGAUCAGCAGCGAAGAUGGCUUCAGCGUUGAGGCCGAGAGCCUCGAGGGGGCCUGGAGGACCCUGAUAGAGAAGGUCCAGGAGGCCCGGGGUCAUGCCCGGCUCAGGCAUCUCUCCUUCAGUGGGAUGAGCGGCGCCCGGCUCUUGGGGAUCCACCACGAUGCUGUGAUCUUCCUGGCUGAGCAGCUGCCAGGGGCCCAGCGCUGCCAUCACUACAAGUUCCGCUACCACCAGCAGGGAGAGGGGCAGGAGGAGCCUCCCCUGAACCCCCAUGGUGCCGCCCGGGCAGAAGUCUACCUCCGGAAAUGCACCUUCGACAUGUUCAAUUUCCUGGCAUCCCGGCACCGAGUGCUGCCUGAGGGGGCUGCCUGUGACGAGGAGGAGGAUGAGGUGCAGCUCAGGUCUACCAGGCGUGCCACCAGUCUGGAGCUGCCCAUGGCUAUGCGCUUCCGCCACCUUAAGAAGACAUCCAAAGAGGCCGUAGGGGUCUACAGAUCCGCCAUCCACGGCCGGGGCCUGUUCUGUAAACGCAACAUCGAUGCUGGCGAGAUGGUCAUCGAGUACUCGGGCAUAGUGAUCCGGUCGGUGCUCACCGACAAGCGGGAGAAGUACUACGACGGGAAGGGCAUCGGCUGCUACAUGUUCCGAAUGGAUGACUUCGACGUGGUGGACGCGACCAUGCACGGCAACGCGGCGCGCUUCAUCAACCACUCGUGUGAGCCCAACUGCUUCUCUCGCGUGAUCCACGUGGAGGGCCAGAAGCACAUCGUGAUCUUUGCUCUCCGCCGCAUCCUCCGGGGGGAGGAGCUCACCUACGACUACAAGUUCCCCAUCGAGGAUGCCAGCAACAAGCUUCCCUGUAACUGUGGGGCCAAGCGCUGUCGCCGCUUCCUCAACUGACCUGCCCCCUCCCCCAUCGAGCCCAAGCUGUUCACCCCUGGCCUGGCCCUGAGGGGACCCCUUCCUCCCCCUCCCUGACCUCAGCACGCGUCCCCAGGGAGCCCUGCCUGCCCUCUUCCAGUUAUCACCUGCCUGCAGGGUCCAGGAUGUAGAUAAUAUUGUACAAAGGUUUCUAAAUCCCUUCUUUUCUAUGCACUUUUUUAUUUAAGAGGUGGGGUCCCAGGGGGGACUCCCCCCCACAAUAAAGUCCGUCAAUGUUUGGA